ACGAGUGAGUGAGAGAAGAGGAGGGGUGAGGGUCCGGCUGUUCCGAGGCAUUCGUUCAGUCCCCGAUGCCCGACAGCCGAAGGUUCAAGCCCGUGUUAUACUCCAGCAUUGUAAUUCGCACAUUGAAAUAACUACCGAGGUUAACAUAAACCAAGUGAUUACCCUGCGCACCCAAUCGUCUGUUGAUUAAUUGAGAGUGAUAGACUGAAGUGAUAUUCGGGUUUUGAAUAUCCAAAGAAGAAACUCAACAUUCGCCGGAUGCGUGUGUUUAUUCCAACCCUCGUGGUUACUUCCAAAACAAAAGUGAUUGAGGUAAUCAAUUAAUUGCAUAAUUAAUUGAUUGAUUGAGCGAUUAGUCCGCUGAAACAUUGAAAGGUGACGUGAGUAAUAGUGAGAUAUUUAACAUCGUGAAUAACUGAGUGAAGAAUCAGCCAUGUUUGACGUAUUCGGCUCGGUGAAGGGCCUCUUGAAGCUCGACUCCGUGUGCAUCGACAACAACGUGUUUCGUUUGCAUUAUAAAGCAACGGUGAUUAUUCUCAUAGCGUUUUCCCUCCUGGUGACAUCUCGCCAGUACAUUGGGGAUCCGAUCGAUUGCAUUGUGGAUGAGAUUCCCCUGCACGUGAUGGACACUUACUGCUGGAUAUACUCGACCUUCACCAUUCCAGAUCGCAGUGGAGUCAUUGGGAAGGACCUGGUGCAGCCAGGAGUUGCUGCUCACGUUGAGGGCGAGGACGAGAUAAAGUAUCACAAGUACUAUCAGUGGGUAUGCUUUGCCCUCUUUUUCCAAGCGAUGCUCUUUUACGUGCCCCGUUAUCUCUGGAAGUCCUGGGAGGGAGGCAGAAUUAAAAUGCUCGUGUUGGAUCUCAAUUGUCCUGUAGUGAAUGACUCUUGUAAAGUGGAGAGACGUAAACUGUUGGUGGACUACUUCGGCACCAAUCUUCAUAGCCAAAAUUUCUACGCCUAUCGUUUCUUCUUCUGCGAGGUCCUCAAUUUUAUAAAUUGCGUGGGACAGAUUUAUUUCAUGGAUUUCUUCCUCGAUGGUGAGUUUACGACUUAUGGCUCUGAUGUUGUCAAGUUUACGGAGAUGGAGCCUGAAGAGAGGAUCGAUCCCAUGGCUAGGGUCUUCCCUAAAGUCACUAAAUGUACUUUCCACAAAUACGGAGCAUCUGGUACUGUACAGAAGUUCGAUGGCCUCUGCGUUCUACCUCUUAAUAUUGUCAACGAGAAAAUCUAUGUGUUCCUCUGGUUCUGGUUCAUCAUUCUCUCGGUUCUCAGUGGUCUGAGUCUUGCUUAUCGUGCAGCUGUGGUGGCUGGGCCAAAGCUUCGUCUCGUUCUUCUUCGUGCCCGCUCUCGUCUCUCACCCCAGGAUCAGAUUGAGACGAUAUCCCAGAGGUUCCAGAUCGGCGACUGGUUCGUACUCUAUCAGCUCGGCAAGAACAUCGAUCCACUCAUCUACAAGGACCUCGUUUCGGAUCUAGCUCAGCGGUUCGAGGGAAAACAAGCAGUGUAGAAUCAUUUUUUUUUGUACUUCUAGAGAGAAGAACAUGAGUUCAUGAGAUAAUCCCUACUUGAGGGAUUGAGGGGCUUUUAAAGGUGCCGGGGAUAAAUUUUCACGAUUUUUGCAUGAACAUUUAAUUUGGAGAGCGUCUUGAUCGAUUAAUUCCAUAGCGACGGUCUGUUAAUUGUUGAUUUUCCAGAAAGAGCAUUGAAAGAAUGGAUCGUGAAUUGGUCAUCGAAAAAAAUUAUGAAUUUGAUUCAUUCCAAUUUGCCAUUAUUAUCUCGAAAAUUAUUGAUCUGAGAAGAAAACGAUAGGAUUUUUCUGUAGCUGAUUAAAUUACUGACGGAAAAGUUCUUUUGUUGUUUCUGUAGAAAAUCAAUGGUUUCGGUGUUAAAUUGAUAAUUACGAAAAUCUGAUAACUUUGAACCACUUUCUUUAUUAGUGAGCUAUUGAAUUAAUCGAUUGGAGUCGUCCUCGUGUCCAUCCCCCCCUCGCCCCCUCGCCCCUCGCUUCCCUGCAAUAAAUGAUUACAUUACUCGAGACUUUUUUCGCAAAAAUAACGUUUUUUCGAAGGCCCUGGGUCGUGGGUCGAGCUCAGUAGACUCUAAUUGUGUGAUAAAAUGGGACGGCGUUGUUUCCAAUUUUUCCAACGGUUUCAAGCAUUUUCAACCAUUUCCCAUCGUUUCUCCACCUUCGAGAGCGAUUACGUGGCGUGCAGAUAUCGCCACCUGCCGGCAGGGGCCCACAGUUGGCUGGCAGUUGGGCCCCUUGGGCCUUGGCUCCUUUGUCCAGGUGUUUCCACAAUAGAUGCGAAUAGUUCAAGCAUAGCCUUCUAAUUCGUAUUUUCUAUCAAGGGUGGGCAGGAUACAGACUCCUUUGAAUACAAAUGCUGAGGCACAGAGAAAAAUAAUUCUCCUUCCACAGGAAAAACCACUUACCUCCAGAUACUGCUGGCACUAGAAUUCAAUAAUCGAAAUUCCCGGACUUUUUCAUUUACUUCCGUGAUUUUGCGUUAAAAUGAAAGACGGAUUCUAAUUGCUGUUGAUAUUUACACUAGAUUCAAUGGAAUUUCACUUGUUCCACGGGAUUUUAUUGUUUUUGAAAAAAAUUAUUCGGGAUUUCACUAUCAGACUGCAAAAUACAAUAAUUCAAGUCGAUAUUCCCUGUGCGCCAGUAGUUCCUGUGAUUCUCCCAUAUUUACAAACAAUACUCAACACUUUUUGACAAUUAUAGUAGUAAGGUAGUAUUCAGGCAGCUUGAGUAUAUCCGUGAAAUUCCCACUGCAAUCCUGACAUCAGCAAGUACAGGAUGUGGAAAGAAACACCUGGACCUAGGGAAUAAAAACAACGCUGUCCUCCCAUAGUAGCAUAACUUCCAUAUCCUACCAAUCCAGUAGCGAAGUAGUAAAGUGGAAUCAGUCUAAUUAAAAAACGUUCAUAACUAUAAACAUAUCUAAAAAACUAUCCAUUUAAUGAGAAAACAUCAGAGAACUUUUUAGUCAGGAAUUUGAUCAGCUGCAAAAAAGUUCUCUAGCAUUUCUUCCUGAAGUCUAUGAUUUUCGAUAUAAAUCGAUAAUUAUGACUCAUGUCACUUGAUAAUUUCGCUACUGACUCCAUCAUCGUCUCGUUUCGCUAUUGCCGUAGUUGAUAAAUAUCCUCCAACGUAGAACCGUAAGACAUAGAAAGAUAUAUAUAUUAUAUAUGAUGAAAUUAUACAUAUAAUUGUGUAGAUACACGUAUCUUCGCGAACCGUCCAUUCCAAGUGAAACGGGGACCAAUGUUUUCAUGUCGUCGCGCAAUAACCAACAUAUCCUUUAAUCUCCCAAUUUCGUGGGUGAGUACCCAUCACGUGCCCCCUAUAAUUACUGUCGCAUUUACCGUCCCGCGGUGCUGGACACCUCUAAUUCCUGAUAACCGGGGAGUCAGAGCUGUUGCACCAGUACCCGGUAGCUGCCUUAAGUACGCCUAUGUAACGAGCGAAUCUAAUUAGUUGAUUAAGCGUUGAAGCGUUUAAUGCUAUCGACGUGUUAAGCUGUGCCAGAUCAUCAUUCGUAUUGAUUUGUAUUUUAUCUCAACAGCCAAGUGAUAAAACGAGAAAAGUAUACUCCAGGAGAGAAGAGGUACAUAAUAACAGGUCGAGUUUUCGGAGAAUAUCUCGGAAUUUAAAUGAAAUAACAGAAAUUUCCUCAGGAUCUCUUUUGCGCUGUUUUUUAAUGGAAUGAGAAACUUGGAAAAGGUAUAGACCAAAAUUUUCUCAACGCUUUUAAAUUGAGAGAUAUUUUUCGAAAACGAACUUGUCAUCACUUGCCGUUACCUCUGCGCUUCUGAUUUUCACAAUUUUGCUGUAUUAAUUAUCUAAAAAUUAUUGAUUUUAGGAGAAAAUGUUAUCAGGCCGUUUUUGUUGAAAAUGAAAUCGACUGCAAAUAAGUUCAUUUAAAGUUCUUUCUGAAAUCGAUAUUUUUUGGUAACCCCAUUAUUAAUAAAAAUUGUAAACUCUAAUUAUUUGAUUUAAUCAUUUCGCUACUAAUUUGUAUUCCAUUCGAAUUUUGAGAUUAAAAUUAACGUGAAUUGAAUUUACACUCAAUGUAAGACUGCCAGUGUUCGAUGAUUCCUUGAUGAUGAGAUUUUUAAUCAUUCCUUGGAUGUCUUCUGAUGUCUUCUAUUGUCGGUAGUCUGAAUUGAUGCCACACCUUAUGUUGUCACGAGUGUUUCUUUUUUUUGAAUGGAUCAAUGGAGUCGUGAUAAGCUAAGAAUCAAAAGACUUAUUUUUGGAAUAGAGAGAUAAAUUGUUGCUUGAGAAUGAGAGGAUUAAAGAGGAUAAAAAAGGUAGAGUAAUUGAAAUGGUAAAUUGGGGGAUGAUAUCGUGCUGUUUUCAGGCAUUUAGUGAUUAGAAACGUUUGGAUUGAGACGUGAGGCAUAUCUUUGGUGGGAAUAUUGUGUGAUAGUCGACGACAGUUUCUCAUCUUCUUUCUAAUAAUGAAUUAAUCUUACUGUAAGGAGCAGAGCUGGAAAUGGAGUCUUAAUGUUUCAUCAAUCGUAAAUUAAUCAUUUGUUACUGAUUAAUGUAUUUUUAAACACCAAUCCGCGGUUAGGCUACUGCUUUUGUCAUACGAUACCGACUUUUACUCCAUUUAUUAUAUUUAUGCAAGCAUUUUCAUUAUUGAAUUGGACACGAAGAUACGAGGAUAGGUUUUAUUAAGGAAUUAUCAAUAAAUCGUUUGUAGUGUGCAUUAGUUGAAAAUGCAAUAACAUAAACCGAGACAAUAAAUACAGUUCGUAUGGAUGAUCUAUUAUAUUUUUCAAUUUGUUAAUAAUGAGAAAAUAAUUUACAAAUUGUACAGAUGAUGAAGUGAAUAUCUCUGAGGAGAAAAAAGAUUUUUUUGGAAAGUAUUUAAAGUUUUGAAUAAAGUGCCUAAGUAAGAU